AUGACGACUCCAUCAAGUACAUCAACUACUGACCCUCUCCUGGAGCUUCUACUCCCGCACAUGCCGCCCACGGCACCCCCGCCUGACCCCACCACAUCUAGCACCUACCUCACCCGUCUAAGCUCCCUCUCACUCACCUCGAUACUCGAAACCGAACCUUCGUCCCUUUCCGCUUCUCUCCAUAGCCUUACUCUCAAUCUCCAGAAGCUCUCCUCGCGCUCCCACAAGCAACUGAUCGCCUCCUCGCACCAUCUCUCCUCCGUUCCAGAGGCCAUUACCUCCUUGAAUACCUCUCUCGACACCCUUACUACCACCUUACCUACCGUCGACGACCAGAUCACCCACUUCACAACCACCUUUACACGGGAUGGCCCUCACCUCACCACCCGCGCCUCUACACAUCUGCUCUCCCGCAACCUCGACCGCAUACUAGACAUACUGCACCUCCCUACUCACCUCCAAACCCUCAUUGCGUCGUCCUCGCACCCGACAGCUCUCGAUCUUCUCGCGCAUGUACGCCGUCUACACGCUCUCCACCCCAAUUCACCUACUAUUGCCUCCGUUGCAACCGCCUGCGCAUCCCUCCAACAAACCAUGGUCACCAACCUGAUCACAACGCUUCGCGGCCCCCUGAAACUUCCUACAGCAAUGAAAACAAUUGGUUUCCUACGCCGGUGCACAUCUGGACAGACUCUUGACGAACGCGGAUUACGAGGCCUCUUUCUGGUGUGUCGUGCCGCAUACCUGUCGAGCCUGCUGGACGCCCUCGAGCCAUUGAAGGAGUUAGCGACGGGUGCGGCUGGGAAAGAACGCUACCUCAAGCGUUGGAUCGAGGUGUUCCGUGAGCAGAGCUUCGCGAUCGUUGGGAUGUACAGGAGUAUUUUUCCGAACUCAUUGCCGGCGGAGUCGACUGCUGCUACAUCGGCAUCACCUACGAUCUCCUCGCCGCCUACAUUCACCUCGCGUACGGAGACUCUUAGAUCGCGCUCAUCGAGUACAUUGAGUUCUGCGAGGGAUGAGGAUGAUCCAGAGGGGGGACAGCCGCCGGAUCCUCUUGCUUCGUUUGUUCUGCACCUUGUGGGGCUGCUCACUGGGGUGCUGGGUGAAUAUCUCAGCGGGGUUGAGGACAAGGCUGGCAGGGAGAGCCUAUUGACGCAGGUUCUAUAUGCGGCGGGGAGUCUAGGGAGAUUGGGCGGUGAGUUUGGAGCCAUGCUGGGUGUGGUUGAGUGCUUUGGCGGUGGAGGUGGAGGCGGGGAAGGAGAAGAGUGGGUCGGCGUCGUUGCAAAGCAUAAGGUGCUUGCUGGGAGACUGGAGACGCUUGCUGGGAGAACAUAG